AUGGUUAAUACAUCCCUGUUGGCUGAGUCAGAAUGUCCUCCACUGGGUCUGGAGUCACUCAGGGUCAAAGACACCCAGCUGAGAGCGUCGUCCUACAAGCGCAGAGGCCUGGGCCCUCACCGCGGAAGACUCAACAUCCAGUCUGGGAUAGAGGACGGUGACAUCUACGAUGGAGGCUGGUGUGCUCAGUACAGAGACACGAAGCAGUGGCUGGAGGUUGACGCUCGGCGACUGACUCACUUCACUGGUGUCAUCCUGCAGGGUCGCAGCUCCAUCUGGAGUUGGAACGUGGUCCAUACCUACAAGGUGCAGUUCAGUAACGACUCGCUGGUCUGGAAGCCAAGUAUGAACGGGACAGAGGAGGCUCUGACACAGGCUCACCUGGCCCAGGUGUCUCGGAGUAUCGCCAUGAAGUUUUCUGACGUGGUCUGCCAGAUCCUGGUCCGGGAUCUGAUGACCAAUCUGCAGACUCGAGACUCUCCGUUGGCUUCAGCCAGUAAAUCCAGCAAAGAGGAGGAGAAGAGUUGGAGCGAAGGCAGCAGGUAG